AUGCAGUCCUCGCGCUCCGGCCGAGGUGGGAGCCGGCGACACCGGGGCGGAGACUGGACGCGCACCGAGGGGGCGGCCUCCGGGUGUCGCCCGCCCCGCGGGAGCGCCCACCUCGCCCCCGGGACCCUGAGGACGGAGGUCUCGCUGCCACAAAAUGGCGCUGAGGGAGGAAGCGAGGUCCCGUCGCCCCACCCCCUUCCCGCUCCUCCCGCCGCCCCGCCCCGCGCCGCCGCCGGCGCCCGCCCGCUUCUCCGCCCCGCCAUGUUAGCGCCCGGCCCACUCACCGAUCAGUUGUCUCACGGACGCGGCCACAGCUUCCCGCCCGUCGGGCCCAGCCGCGGGGAGGAAAGGCGAAAGGAGGGCGCCCGCUGAGGGCCUCGAGUCGCUACAGGAGGAGCUGCGCCUGGUGGCACGCCCCGCGGCCGCUGAAGCGCUGCGAGCUCGGCGGGGGCGGGGAGGGAAGCGGGCCGCAGGGAGUGGUGAGCCGCGAGGUCACAGGUCAGCCGCGGGGCAUCACGGGAAAGGCGGCGGGGGUCGCGAUUGGCGGCGCCGGGUGGACAAGCUCCCCGGGCGGACACGCUCGCCGAGCCACCUGCGGCUGCGGCGCUGCCUCUGGCGGAGGAAUCUGGGCGAAGGCGGCGUGUGAUUGGCCGUACUUUGGUACAGCACCCAUCUGUGAUGCUUCCGCGCGCUGUCGGCAAGGUGCAACCUAAGGAGCGCCACCGUGGGCGGGGAGUCCGGGCAAUUGAGGCUUCGUGAGCCCUUGCUGUUUGAAGUUUUGAGAAUUUGGAAACUGAUGCUCUUUCUUCCGUCAGGAAGUGCUGCCUCCUGGACACUUGGUUCGUCCCCGCCUUGAAAUCUCGAGGCGAAACCCGGGAGCUAUUGUCUAGUACGUGGAGGUUUUACCUAUGUCAGCAGCUGUAGGGGUACCUUGCUGACGCAGAAGCGAGGGGAAGGCGAACCUUGUGAGGUUUUAAUGGACCCGAUAAUAUAAGUUUUUUAAUUCGAAUGUA